UUUUAACAAACUUGCUGAAAAUAUUAAUGUAAAACUUUGUUAGAUGAUGGUCAUUGGUUCAGCUUCGAAAAGGACGUCGCAGCUGUAUUCACAGUCUUCUCAAACUUUUCUAAUAGUCUUAAGCGACUGUCUCAUGCUAGAGCAACUAAAAUACUCUAAGAGAUUGAUAAUAGCUUCAUACAUGGCUUCUAAUCUUUCCUUCUCUUUUGAACUAUAUCCUCCCUUAGCUUGAAUACUAAACACAAGGGUUUGAAUACGAUAUAUACGAUCUUGUUCUACUGAGGCAAAAUCAUUAGACUCGAAUCUUCAUUGUUUGAAGCCAACGGUUGUGCAUUCGUAACUGUUUUCUAAAAUGCUGAAUAAUCUCACAUUUUUAAUUUUCAUCGAAAUUAUGUACAAUUUUUUGGAAGCAAUCUUUACUAUAUUUUCUUUCUCUGGUUCCAUAUCCAGAACUUUGUGAUUGUAGUAGCCAGUUAAGUGAAGCUCUCUAGCUCUCCAGUUUUGGCCAAUCCAAUGAUCGAGAAGGUGAGGUACAUGAUCAUAAUGCAAAUAGACAUAGUCAAUACUGGGGAGUUUUACAGUGCACACUUUUCAAAGUCGAUUGAUUGGGUCAUCAUCAUCUCUUCUGAAGUGCUAAGGUCUAAGCAUUUCAUCGUUUCGAAUUUUAGAGCGAUAACUUUGUUCAUGCAUCAUUCUGAGAUGAUCUUAGCUGCUGUUUUAUAAUUUACCGGCAUGUGAUUAAUGAUUUCUUUUAUAGCUUCCUCGUACUCAUAAUACAGAUUCUGGAAGUCUUUCGAGAGUUGGCAUAACAACCCUUUCCAUCCCUCUGGCCAUCAAUAGUAUGGUAAUAUGUUGCAAAUAAUGCUAAAUCUUCAGAACAUCUUUUGUCUG